AAAAAGCAUUUUUUAAAGCUUCCGCGUUGUUAGAAAUCUGUUAAACACGGGCAGAGAAGAGUUCUAAUCUAAACACUUCUUGGCAGAAGCAUCCCUGCAGCAGCUUGACAGGACAACAAAGCAGGACAGCAGUGCUAUGUCAGUCGACGCCCCCCUACUGCUUCAUUCUUCAUAAUCUUCAUCAUGUCUCUGGGAGACAACCCUCACCUGCUUCUUGGCAGAAUCCGCUUCUUGAACAGGUGCAUCGAAAGUUUCAGGAAGAGCGAACCAGUGCCCGAGUGUCUGUGUUAUGUCCCUAAAGAGGUGUGCUACAAAAUCUGCAAGGAUUCAUCAUCCAGCUCCUCUGCCUCCGUUGGGGCCUCUGCAGGAGGCUCCUCCACCGGGAAAACCCUCAUUUCUGUCUUUGAAAGUCCAUAUCAAAUUCCCCACAACAAGAAAACAUGCAAGUAUAACAUUGAGCCAAAGAAAGGGACCUGCAUCCGGACGACAGGGGAAGAAUACUGCAACAGCCAGGGCCUUUGGGUCAAAAUGAAUAAAGAGCAGCUGGAGGAGUUUCGUCCAGGACAGGAGCUGGAAGAAGGAUGGAUCCUGGUGUGUAAACAUACAGAAGGAGGCGACAGGCUUGUGCCUGUGGAGUCUCCGGAGUCUGUCAGCAGGCACCAGCAGCUCUUCGGCUACGACCACAAACCCUGUAACAGAUGGGAGCAGGUGGUGGACGUGGAGAACUCGCUUCACAUCGGCUCCAAACCCAAAAUCGCAGAGUGUGACACCACCGCUGUCCAGAAGCUAAGGUAUGUUCCUCCCACCUGGACGUACGAAUGUGACGAAGACCUGGUGCACUACUUCUAUGACCACAUAGGAAGGGAGGACGAGAACCUGGGGAGUGUGAGACAGUGCGUGACCAGCAUCGACGUGUCUUCAUGUUCAGAGGAUCCUAACGGGGGGGUGAGCUGUCUAACAGACGGCGACACUGAAACUUUCUGGGAGAGCGACGGCAUGCAGGGACAGCACUGGAUCCGCCUGCACAUGAAGAGAGGCACUGUUGUCAAUAAGCUGAUACUGACCGUGGACUCAACGGAUGACAACUACAUGCCCAAGAGAGUCACAGUGUAUGGAGGAGAAGGGGACAAUCUGAAGAAGCUGAGCGACGUCACCAUAGACGAUAAUCUUAUUGGAGAAAUAUGCGUACUGGAGGACAUGGCCUCCCACCUGCCUGUUAUCGAGGUUCGGAUUGAGGAAUGUAGAGAUGAGGGGAUAGAUGUCAGGAUCCGAGGUUUAAAGAUCAAGUCAUCCUGUGAAAGGGACCUGGGUCUCAACGCUGAUGUUUUUCAGCCGUCUAACCUGGUGCGCUACCCCCGUCUGCACGGCACCGCUCCUGACGUCUUGUACCGCAGAGCGCUGGUCAUCCAGAGGUUCAUCUGUCUCCUGGACAAUGUGUUGCCACACCUGGUUCCUGCCUGGGACUACAGCCUGGGUACCUUCAACCAGAUCAAAAGCAUAAAGCAGUUCUUACUGCUAUCCAAGCGCCGCUCAGCCCUCAUCACUCAGUGCCUGAAGGACUCAGAGACCAGUAAACCAAACUUCAUGCCUCGACUGUACAUCAACCGACGUCUGGCCAUGGAGCACAGAGACAACCCGUCUCUGGACACCAGCUGCAAGAACGCUGUGUUCAGUCAGGUGUUUGAGGGUCUGAAGCCAUCUGAUAAAUUUGAGAAGACUUUGGAUUAUAGAUGGCCCGCUCGCUAUGACCAGUGGUGGGAAUGCAAGUUUAUCGCUGAGGGAAUCAUCGACCAAGGAGGAGGAUUUCGGGACAGCCUGGCAGACAUGUCGGAGGAGCUUUGCCCCAGCUCAGCAGAGUGUCCCAUGCCUCUGCCAUUCUUCACCCGCACGUCCAACCAGGGCGCCUUAGAGGCCAGAGAUUACUACGUUCCCAGCCCAUCCUGUAAAGACUUUCACAAGUAUGAGUGGAUCGGUCAGCUCAUGGGAGCUGCUCUCAGAGGGAAAGACUUCUUGGUCUUGGCUCUGCCUGGGUUGGUGUGGAAGCAGCUGACUGGUGAGGCCAUCAGCUGGAGCAAAGACUUCCCUGCAGUGGACUCAAUGCUGGUAAACUUGCUGGAGGCCAUGGAAAACACAGACAAGGAGACCUUUGAGUUCAGGUUUGGGGAGGAGCUGGUCUACAACACCCCGCUGACCGACGGUCAGAUGGUGGAGCUCAUCCCCGGCGGCAGUAAUGUGGCAGUUCGGUACGAGGACCGCAGCGAGUUCAUCCGCCUGGUGCAGAAGGCUCGUCUGGAGGAGAGCAAGCAGCAGAUUGCAGCCAUGCAGGCCGGCCUGCUGAAGGUAGUUCCUCAGGCUGUGCUGGACCUGCUUACUUGGCAGGAAGUGGAAAAAAAAGUGUGUGGCGACCCGGAAAUCUCAGUGGAUGCUCUGAAACGGCUCACACGUUUUGAAGACCUGGAACAAAGUGAUGUUAGAGUGCAAUAUUUAUGGGAGGCACUGACGAACUUCACCAAUGAGGAUCGCAGCAGGUUUCUGAGGUUUGUAACUGGUAGAAGUCGUCUUCCUGCACCUAUUUACAUCUUCCCUGACAAACAAGGCUCUGAAACAACUGAUGCACUUCCACAGUCAUCCACAUGUUCCAGCACCCUUUAUCUACCCAACUAUCCAAGUGCGAAGGUUUGUGAGGAAAAGCUACGUUAUGCUGCGUACAACUGUGUGGCUAUUGACACUGACAUGAGUCCCUGGGAAGAGUGAUCUCUCUCUGCUGCGACACUUAAUGCUGCUUAGUCCACAGAUCACAGCAAAAUGGAGAAAUCUCGCCAAGUUUAUCACCAUACCUUCACAACUGCCAACAAUAGCUGUAUAUAAUAAAGAGCUAUAUGGAAACAUGGAAGUGACUGAUGGAGAUUCUUGUUUAUAACAUAAAUAAUUUCUCUUAAUUCAGAGUUGGUGCAAUUCUAGUGAGCUUGAAAGUCAUUAUUUGGAAUGACUAUCUUUAAUCUUCAGCAUAACCCUCUUAGAUAAGCUUUCCUGUAAUUUCUUGCAGCAAUCUUCCCUAAUAGGUCCACAGACAUCUUCAAGGAGUUUCCAAAGGGCUUAUUUAAAUGUUGGCUGCCUUUUGUCCUGUUCUCUGUCUAGCUUAUCCCACACUGCUUAAAUAACGUCAAGUCCAGGCUCUGGGAGGAUUCAUCACUCCAUUAGACCUUUUGCCAGAGAUUUUUCAGUCCAGUUCUUAUGUCAGUUUGCAUACCUAAGCCUAUUUUCCUUGUUUCCCUCCUUUAGGGAAUGGCUUAUUAACAGCCAUGAAGACCAUUUCUGCUGAGGAGCUAUGUAAGAAAUUAUCUUGAAUUGAGUGUCAUAGUGUAAAACAAGUUUUCUAGUUUGUCAGCUUCAGGCAAAUUUAUAACUGACUGUAAAUAG